GUUAGAUAAAAAGAAAAGCAAGCAAACGCGGAUUCGAUAUAAAAAGUACAACAAGGAAGAUGGGAAGAUUAAUUUGAAGUUGAGCUGCAAAUCUUUUCUCUGAUUCUUUUGUCUCCUUUUUUUAGAGGAAAAGAAGUUAUGUCGCAGCGGAAAAGGCAAAGAACUUCUCGUAAAUGCUCUGGGAAAUCAGAUCUAUUUGAUGGAUUACCAGAUGAUCUUGUUAUCUCCAUCCUUUCAAAGUUAGCUUCUUCCGCCUCUUCUCCUCCUGAUUUCAUCAACAUUCUCUUAACAUGCAAGAGAUUAAACCAUUUGGCUGUUCAUCCUCUGGUUUUAUCAAAAGUCUGUUGUAAAGUGUUUGCCGUUAAAGCUCGAAAUUGGUGUGACUCGGUUCAUCGUCUUCUCAAACAGUGCGUUAAAGCCGGCAACGUUGAAGCUUGCUAUACUCUCGGCAUGAUCCAAUUUUACUGCCUGCAAAACAGACGAGGUGGAGCGUCGUUAAUGGCUAAAGCAGCAAUCAAAUCCCACGCGCCAGCUCUAUACUCGCUUGCAGUCAUACAAUUUAACGGGAGCGGUGGUUCAAAAAAUGAGAAGGACCUCCGGGCCGGAGUAGCCUUAUGUGCGCGAGCAUCUUUCCUCGGUCAUGUGGACGCGCUGCGUGAACUCGGCCAUUGCUUACAAGACGGUUACGGUGUGCGCCAACAUGUAGCGGAAGGACGGCGGCUACUCAUCCAUGCCAACGCACGGGAACUCGCGUCAUCGUUAAAUGAAUUAGUCCAACGAAAAACUCAGCAACAACACCAUCGUCGUUUAAACUACCACUAUUACAAUUUUAAAACGGGUUCGAGUUGUCCGUUGUUAAGUGAUUUCGGGUGUAAUGUACCACCGGAGGUCCACCCAGUGAACUCGUUCUUAAAAGAAUGGUUCAAGUUAGAGGUGGUCGAGUUAGCGCAAGGGCUAAGACUUUGUUCUCAUGAAGGGUGCGGGAGACCGGAGACAAGGGCUCAUGAGUUCAGGAGGUGCUCGGUUUGUGGCAUGGUAAAUUAUUGUUCGCGUGGUUGCCAAGCACUCGAUUGGAAGCUAAGACAUAAGGUGGAAUGUACACCGAUCGAACGAAUGUUGGAAGAAGGCAUUGGUGGUGGCAGGGAAAGGGAGGAGGUUGCGGAAGCGGAAGAGUAAGUAUAUAAUUAUAAAGAGUAAAAUCGUGAAAUCGUAAAUGCAAAUUUAUGGGUAAAAGAAAUUCUUUUUUUCUUUUUGUUUAAUGUUUGGAAUGUUUUCAUUUAUGUACAUAGAAGAAAUGUUUCAACUUUUGAGAUUUUAAUUCUGUAGUUUUUAAUGGAAAAUGAAAAA